ACGUCAAAAGAAAAAAAAAUCAGAGGUCUACAUUCGAUAGAUAUUUGAAAAAUGAAUAAAGGAUAUAGAAAUACGACGAAUUGUUUAAUCGAGAGGGGUUUUCCAAGGAUCCCAAGGUGACUUCAUGUUUUGCAGUGUAUGCAUGCGUGACAUAAGUCUGAGACGCAAAAAUAAUCUAUCUAGCUUCUUUGAUCCCAGGAAGUCUUUCGAUUUGCAAAACAGAAUCAUACAUAUCAGCACUGAUCGCUAUGUGACGCAGUUAUCAACAGUCUUAAAUUACAUUUUUGGAUCUUAUAUUUGAUAUCUUGCUCAAAAAUAGAUGCAGGAACAAACAAGGAGUGCAGAAGGGCUGUGUUGUAGAAAUAGAUGGCCCUGCAAGGAAAGUGAAGUCUGGUCGAAACUGAACGACAAUAUCAGCUUACUGCAGCAGUCCCUUUAUCUCCCCACCCUCAUAGAAAACCUCCGAAGGAAGGGCUUGAUCGACCAGCAGGCGAUCGGAAGCCUUUCACUUUUGGAUCGUGAUGACGUAGUCUUGAGACUUGUAAACAAACUGGUAUCUGGGAUACCCUCUAGGGCCCUAGACAUGUGCGACGCACUGCAAGAAACUAAUCUCGAUAUAGCAGAAAAAGUAGGACUGGGCCCUCUCCCAGCUGGAGAGGGCUGUACAGAUGUUCCUGCUCACAGUCCUAUUGUAAAAUCCUAUCAUGCUGUGCUUACAAUAUCUAUAGAGCCUCACAUACAUAUUGAGCCAAACCAACUUCGCCAUUCACGGAAUAGCCAUUUAGUUUUCAUGUGACUUUUACGUUACAUUGGAUACUAUCAGGAUGAAGAGUCUAUUGUGCAUUGUGUGCUGUGAUACUAAGCUAAAUAUGUGAUACGGGACAGCUUUUGUUUUUAUUAUCCGUUUUUAUUU